AUGAUGUUCGUCACAACAUUCACGAAGCUCGCUCUACUCGCCGUUUCCCUAUUUUCAAUUCCUGGUUUGAGUACAGCUCCUCAGAAAUCAGUGAUCGUUUCGUAUCCGGAUGACACUCCAAGCAAUGUAGUACAGCAAGCGAUGGAUGCGAUCAAAAAUUCUGGAGGUACUAUUACACAUGAAUACAACCUUAUCAAAGGCUUUGCUGCCAAAGCUCCAGCUCAAGUCCUUGUCACUGUUCAGGCAUGGGGAAACGAUUAUCAUGCUGUUAUCGAAGAGGAUCAGGUCGUAAACGCCAAUAAUUAA